AUGGGAGGAUUGCACCCAUCUGUCUUUCAAUCAGUGGCAGCAUAAUCAACCCGCUCCAUCCAGGUCUAAUGAAAACUGUGCGCAGAUGAUAUCUGGGUCGUUUAGUAAACUCUACUGGAACAAUGGAUGGCAAGACACAGGCUGUGAUCGACUAACAGCUGAUCCCAGUUUUAUUUGGGAAAGAAGGACAAAAAUUAAUGAGUAA